UCAACAAAUUCAAAGCAUAAGCAACAAGCAAACAAACACACAGUUUGUUGCAAUGGCCUCUGCUCAGUGCUACAAAACCUGUGAACAAAGCUGCCAGCACAAAAACCAGUACCAGUACCAGCAGCAGCAACAUAGCUCAAUAGGACAUAAGUUAACUGACUUCUACAAAGGACACCACAAUGAUGGAACCAAUUCCCAAUACUAUAGCCAAAAAGAGGUGAUAUAUCAACCUGGACAUGUUGACAAAUAUCAAAGUAACUCAUACAACCAAACACGCUACAAUCACGCCGCUUCUGGCACCACCAUUGUUACUGGCACCACUGCUGCAAAAUGCCAAGGGAGAAAUAGGAAAGAGAGGAGAAACAUGUUCCAGAGGAUCAAGGAUGGCAUAUCAGGUCAUAGCAGUGACAGUGGCAGUAGCAGCGAUGAAUGUGACAGCGACAAUGAAAACCGUCGCCACAGGAAGUACUGCAACUGAGGAGCAGCUGGACUAAUGAUAAUAAAUUGGAGUUUGAGAAUUGAAGUUUGCAACUCAAAGUCCAAUAUAAUGUGUGUGGUGAUUGCUGGCAAGUAUAAAUAAA